CCCGAGUCCGCGCCGCGCGGCUUGAGGGAUGGGGCGGGGCUUUGUGAGUCACGUGCCUGGGCCGUAGGCGGGCGCGUGGAGGGAAGUCCGAGUCUGAUUGGCUGCCCGUCACCAGCCCCAAGCUGGGCCGGCGCGCGGGGCCGGCGGAGCCCGACUACGAGUCCGAGGUCUACGAGGCGGCGGCCGGGGACGCGGUGGCGGUAGCGCCGGCGCCCGCUGCGGCCGUGGAGCCCGCCGAGUUGGAUUUCGGAGCCGGCGAGGGCCACCACCUGCAGCACAUCAGCGACCGAGAGAUGCCCGAAGAUUUAGCUUUGGAAUCAAACCCUUCUGACCACCCCAGGGCAAGCACAAUUUUCCUCAGCAAAUCUCAGACGGAUGUGCGUGAAAAGAGGAAGAGCAACCAUUUAAACCAUGUAUCUCCAGGGCAGCUUACUAAAAAGUAUAGCUCAUGCUCAACAAUAUUUCUAGAUGACAGCACAGUCAGCCAGCCUAACCUUAGAACCACAAUAAAAUGUGUGACCUUAGCAAUAUAUUACCACAUAAAGAACAGAGAUGCAAAUAGAUCCCUGGACAUUUUUGAUGAGCGAUCACAUCCACUCACAAGAGAGAAAGUUCCAGAGGAAUACUUUAGGCAUGACCCUGAACACAAAUUUAUUUACAGAUUUGUUCGAACACUGUUUAGUGCUGCACAGCUGACAGCGGAAUGUGCAAUAGUGACGUUGGUUUACUUGGAGAGACUUCUAACUUACGCUGAGAUUGACAUUUGUCCCACCAACUGGAAAAGGAUUGUUUUGGGAGCCAUUCUUCUUGCCUCCAAGGUUUGGGAUGAUCAGGCUGUGUGGAAUGUGGACUACUGCCAGAUUCUCAAGGACAUUACAGUUGAGGACAUGAAUGAGAUGGAAAGGCAUUUCUUGGAGCUACUCCAGUUUAAUAUUAACGUUCCUGCCAGUGUUUAUGCCAAAUACUACUUUGACCUUCGCUCCUUAGCAGAUGACAACAACCUGAAUUUUCUGUUUGCUCCUCUCAGCAAAGAAAGAGCGCAGAACCUAGAGGCCAUUUCAAGGUUGUGUGAAGACAAAUAUAAAGACUUGUGUAGAGCUGCUAUGAGAAGAUCUUUAAGCGCUGAUAAUUUCAUUGGUAUUCAGCGCUCUAAUGCCAUCCUUUCUUAAGAGAGAGACAUGAGGAGUGAGAACACCAAGGACUCCUCAUUGACAAAGACUGGAGAAAUAGCACCUCUCCUGGUCAGAGACCAGCAGAGGUGGGACUCCACCGAAUGGAAAGACCUCAAAUUCAAGAGACUCUGGACAGUGACUGCUGACUCCAUAGGAAAGAAUGGGACCUUGUCAAAACAACCCCUCUCUGUCCUUUGUAAUGUAAACAGUUACAAAAACCACUCAAAGCAGAAGCUCUGACCACACACAGAUACUGCUUACCAUGUAGGCCGAUGGCUGUGAAAUAUGUGAGGUUUAAAUUCUUUCAAUGUUUAGACUUUCGUUUGAGACAGGGUCUUAUGUAGCCUGGGCUGGCCUCAAACUCAGUAUAUGACUGAGGCUGGCCUUGAACUCCAGAAUCUUCCUGCCUCUACCUCCCAAGUGCUGGGAUUACCAUGCCUGGCUCAGAGUUUUAGACUUCAAAGACACUAACCAUAUAACUUUUGUUUUUCUCCCCCCCCCCACCUUCAACUGCUGCAUAUGCUUUUAGAAUUGAUUCAGUAUUACAUUAAAACAUGAGACUCCUUCCCAUUUUUGUGGUGCUGGGAAUCAAACUGAGGACUUAGCAUGUGCUCGGUGAGCACUUGACCACUGAGCUACACUCCUCAGCCCCAAGCAUGGGAUACUUAACACUCAUGAAACCACCUAGGAGCACGUUGUAGCAUCAUUAGGUAUUAAAAGCUCUCCUACCGUGUCAUCAAGCUGCUAGUCAUUAUUGGCAAUCAGUUUAAAUUACCAAAAAGCUGCUGGCUAACACUCGCCAUCCGUAUCCUCUGCGAGCACUGCUUGCUGGCAUUUUGGUAUGUUUGGAGCCAUAAAGAGAAAGUAUCAGUUGUUGACGACUUCUGUUGGGUCCACGCUGCAUUUCCUGUGAACUAUUAAUGGUGCUUCUCAUUUUCUGAUGGUUUUUCUCAUUGUUAAACAAGUGUAUUAAAAGAUAUUUUCAUAAUGCCAAACAACAUAGUGGUCUAGUGAUCAUGAGCAAAUAGCAAAAACACAAGGUGUCCCCCAAAUUAGUGAUGCUUCUUUACACUUAGUGGUCCGUGUCUGGGCUCUCUGGGGACACUGCAGCAGAAGUAGAAAAGCCACAGACCUUCACAAAAACAUCAUUUGAAAGUUUUAAUUUUACCAGUGUGAAAUAAUUACGCUUCUAAUUAUUUUUUUGUUUCUCUUGAAGAUUGCAAACAGUGAACCAAAAAAUUAAAACUAAAGGCUUGAUAUUCGAAAUUUGGGGGAUUAAGUUGAAAAGAAAGGUAAAGUAAAACUUUUAAAUAAUGUCUCAUUAGUUUGUAGCAUUUAUGACUCUCCAGAUAUCAGAGUAUAAACCUGCCCUGAGAUUUGGGGGCUGCCGUGUAUCUCCAUGGGAGCUCUCCUUCUCUCUAGUAGUUCUUUGCCAGGCUGGGCUCCACCCGCUUUGAUCACCUAAGUGUCUUUACAUUCAGUUAAGGGAGGUUAGGAAGAACACUGUUAACUCACAUAUAACACAUGAAAAGGAGUCCGAUCCGCAAACAGCAGGUGAAAUGAGCAAUUAAAAACAAUAUGCUGCAUGUCUGCCUGGGUGCAGGUAUCUUCUGAACUGCACCCAGGAGCCCUAAGCACAGGCUUUAAAAGGCGGGGAGGAGAUGAUUAGGAAAAUGAUGACAGCAGCACCUAAAUUGGAAAUAAUAAAAGAUUGUGUUUUCAACUACGUGCAUUCUAUUUCUUCUCACUCUUAUGUAAACAAGACCUUUGUGGGCCAAGCAUACUUUCUCUUGCGGCUGCAAUGCUUCACAUGCUCUCAAGUGCUGCCGGGUUCAUCAUUUUCGAAGGACAGACGUAAAUGUUAAGGAAGGAUGUAUGAAAUACUACAAUCUACCACCUCAAAAAAACAUUGUUUAUGGAGUUCAGAGCUUAGAGAUUCAAGUAUUGAUUGCAGUUUUAUUUUGAAAAGAAUGCUACAACUUAACGUGGUUUUUCUUUCUCAUGUUUAUAUUAAAAGAAAGGCUAAUAAAUUCUAUUUUAAUUAAAA